CAGGCACCUCCUCCUUCAGCCACGCCCAUGGCCUCCCCGCUUUACAGUAUAAAACUGAACUACUCUUGCUUUGAUACACGUGGCGCCGCUGACGAAUCUACCACUUCCCACCUGAACGAAUCCACUCAGCAGGCCGACCAACUCAGCUUAGCGUACUCUCCGCCGCCAUGGGUUUCAAGCCGAAAUCUCUCGCCGCGCUGUUCGCUUUGCUCCUUGCUUCCGCGUCCUUCGCGUCCCUCGCGUCGGCCGAGGUGACCACGGAGCAACUCGUCAACGAGGUGACGGCGCUGGCGAACGCGCUCAGGCUCCGCCCCAAUUACUCCUUCAUUUACCUCGCCGCGAAAUACGUGCUCAAGAAGCAAGAGUCUCUCCUCGCCAAGUACGGCGCGGAUAUCCUCCCCGACGCGGCGGGAAAGACCCUCCUCAUCCCCGAAAACGCCGCCAUUCUCCGCUACUUCAACGGCAACCUCCCCGACACCGCGGAGGAGGUGGAGAAGCACAUCGACACGCUGCUCAUGAACGUGCUCGACGGCUCCUUCACCCUCGCCGCGCUCCGCAGCGGCUCGUCUUUCCCCACCGUCGUGGAGGGCCGCGAGCUCGUGCAGAUCGAUGUUAACAAGGGGUGGCUGAAGCGCGGAACGGGUGUAGCGCUCGGGGAGGCUGGGUCGGGCAGGAAGACGUGGUCCAAGGUGAAGGACCCGGGGAUGUUCAAGGGCGAUCUGUUCAUCGCACACGGCGUGAAUAACGUGCAGAAGCAGUAGUGGGGUGUGAGAGCCGUGCACUGGGAAGGCUGGGUCGGGCAGCAAGAGGUGGUCGAAGGUCAAGGAUCCCGGGAUGUUCAAGGGGGACCUGUUCAUCGCGCACGGCGUGCGUGAAUAACGUGCAGAAGCAGUGAGCGUGGAGGAGACGUGGAGUGAGACUGCUGCAGACUGGGAAGGUUGAGAGCUCCUGGGGUUUGGAGCGUGUGGUCAGUUUCGGCACUGCAUUGCAGUUUUGGUACAUUGUAACAUGGGUUGCCUUGUAAGUUGUAUUGUGGAUGAGUGCCUUGUGUUAGUGUGAAAGUGUCAAAUUAUAUACUUUAAUAUAUAUAUUUGUGUAGGCGUCGUAGGUGUGCUGUGUGCUACUUUGUGCAUCUUACUGUAGAGGGUUCAACACCCUCUCUUGUAACUCACUCUCUUGCCUAGUCAAU